CCUACUUUCAUCCAUGAGGGUCCUGCAGUUCACGUUUUCGUCAAUUCCUCGGCACUCAUCCCACAUGCUGGCGUAGUGAGAAGGUCCGUCAUCGUUCUCGACCCAUCCGGACUUGGCCGCGACGGCGAUGAUGUCAAAAAUGACGGCGAACAACAGCAGCAGGGGCAUGAUCCACCUGCAUCGUUUGUAGUCGACCCCACAGCGAAACAUGUCUGAAGAGGAAACGUAGGAACAAAAAACAAAGCAGGAAUCUGUCUAACAGGGAGAGUUUUGGUUGGAUGCGUGCGUCUUUACGCAGAGCGAGAAAGAGGGGGGCAGCAAAGCACCAAAGGUGCCCAGACUGCCAGAAACUAAGAGAAGAAGAAGAAGAGGACAUAAACAUCUUUGCAUAACAGUCCUCUGAGCUGGUUCGGAGGGAAUUCUGUCGGUCUGGUACCGGUAUCUUCCACCAUGUCCCUCCUCAGGCAGUGUGUCUCCGCCGGCAGACGGCUCUGGUGUCGAACCGCAGCUUUGGAUCCAGUGUUUCCAGGUUCGGUCCGGUCAGCCAGCGGGGCUCUGAAGGAUCAGGAGCCGCUAAGGAAGCCGAAAACCCCGCAGGGCCGGUUCGAUGCUCCGGAGGAGAAGAGCAGAGAUGUUCUAGAAAAGUUUCCUGACGACGUCAACCCAGUGACCAAGGAAAAAGGCGGACCCCGGGGCCCAGAACCCACCAGAUAUGGAGACUGGGAGAGGAAAGGCCGCUGCGUGGACUUCUAGCAGCCCACCUGCAGCUCCUCCAGAGGAGCAGCUGCUCCGUCUUUCUGUUGGAUUAUUUUAUCUGUUUAUAUUCCGAACAACUAACCCAUGAAAAUAAAAGAUGUAUGUGUAAUCGC